UUUUCUUUACAGAGUCUCCUAGCUGGUACAAAGGCAACUGUUUACCGUAAGUGUUAAUUAAAAUGUUUUUGGUGUGGUAGACCAUUUGAUUGGAAUCCAAGCCAAAACUUAAAAAGUCUUCGUAGUAUCCCUAUUAUAACCCUGCUCUAUUUCAGGAAUUGAUUAUUAGUAUCAUUGUUUCAUGAUCAUUUUUUGAAUGAAAUAAUCCUGCAGUUUCAUUUUCUUAACUUAAACCACAGUCAAGAUGAUCUCCUUAAAUAAUUUACAGGAGUUUGGUCCUUAAACAAAUUAUAAAGCCCCUUAAUGCUUCCGUUAAAUUCGUUUUGUUUCAUCACGAACGGUACAGACAACUUUUAUUCCUGAUUGAGGAGAUCUUUUUUGUGUUGAAAGCCAGUUCAAAUAUACAAGUUUCUUAUACCCUUUUACACGAUUAUACUUUACGAUGGGUACUUUACGACAUUACAUAUGACUAGCUGCUCGCAGUUGGCUUAGUAUUUCAUCUGGCUACAGCAAUGUACCUACAUAGGGAGGGUACAAAUCCCGUUAAAGGGUGAGUUUUAAAUACUUUCAGGCUUAAACAAACACACAACUGUUUAAGAUGCGUGUGCAUAACUGCAAGCCAAGGCCUUUUAUGUUGAAAUUUAUGAAUUUGACACAUCCUUUCACUGAAUGCAUGAUCUGUCAAAACAACGCAUGACGUCAAUGAUUGCCUGGAGCUAUGUAAGUGGAAGUCAACAUUUGUUAACAGCUAGUGUUUGUAUCAUGACAGGGUCAGGAGACAAUGUCCUUCUUCUAACGGCUAAUUUGACCCUUUGUUAAAGAAAACGAAAAAAGAAAAUUACAUGUUUAGUGAAAAUAUCAAAAUCGGUGAAACAAUUGAUUCUUUGAAUAUUCAUUUUCAAAGAAAUUCAGUUCUUCCCUUACAUUUACAACAGGUAAACCUGUCACAAUUUUGACAAAUUUUUCUCUUACAACAGCCGACUUAUUUACACAAUAUAGAAGAGCAAUUGCAUGGCCUGCAACAUAGCAGAUGAUUCUUUGGUUCCUUUUACGUCUGCGAUCCGUGACGACAAAACUUUUUAGCCAAUCCCAGCAAUUCGUCUCCUGGUGGCAGUUAUCACUAUUAGAAUUUUGAUGAAUUUCGUGACAAGGCUCGUUCAAUUCAGACGAAUUCAUUUCAAAGAUUUCCCAUUCAAUUAAGAUUCGAUGGUUCUGGGACGUAUAACAUACGUUCUCCGCGUUCUCCUGACGGAUAAAACGCAGGAAAAGAUCGACUCCUGUAAAACGUCUGUAGAGCCCCUCAUUUUCGACGUCGCUCAAGCGACCGGCAUCGAAUUCAAUGCACACAUAAUGUUAUGUCUAAUAUUAAAGUUAUUACUAGUAAUAGUUGACACUACAGCUGCCCCCGCUCUGUAUAUUGUCGGUCACUAUAGCAUUCUUGCUCGUUGUGUAGCUCUUUGAAAUAUACCAAUUCAUAAAGAAGAUUUUCACACAUAUUCCAUGCAAUAGGUGAGAUAAAUACAGGAAACGCAAGGUUCCAUGCACAGUUUCAGGCCCAGGGUUUCGGGUCGAUUUACACAGCUUUGAUCAAAACAUUCUCAGUUUCGAGAAUAGUUUAUUCCAAGCCAUAAGAAAAGAUUUAAUUAAAAGUUGAAUUUUUCGCUAUUUCUCUAUCACUUUUUACAUUCAGUUCAUUUUAUUCGCCGAAAAGGGAACCUUAGAAAUUAAAAGGACGUUUGAUCAAUUCACACUCGCGCAUUCUAGUCUUAUUUUAAACUUUAUAGCGGAAGGACAUCAGUGCCCCAGGGAAUAAGUCAGCACAGAAUUUGAUUGUCGGCGAAUUUCUGUAAUCGUCCAUUCUUCUGCUAGUGAGAAGCUAGCCGUUGUUCACUCGUCUUGCUUGUUUGGGGCUGAGUCUUAUUCCGGUCAAAGAGAGAGAAAGGUUUCCAAUGAAAGAUUUGUGAACUCGUGUCUGGCAAACUCUCCAAGUGUUUAUAUAUACAUGUCCAGUUAUACGCACCUUAUAACUUCUUCUGCUCUUAACGAGUGUCGUUAAAAUUUUGGUCCAUAACUUUCACUGAAACAACUGCUCCACAGAAUGUCACUGAUAACACGAAACGCAAAAGAGUGUCGAAGUAUGAAUGCACAAUAAAUGUCACAAAAUCUACCUGAGCGGUCCCUUAGGGAUGUACUGUCUUAACGUCAUCCUAACCAUUUCGCACUUGCGGGGCAAACAUUAGAAACGUCAUCAUUACCUACCGAUUCCUCGCGGCCCCUGUUCAAGCAAAUCGAGAUUUUUUCUAUAUUGACUGUAUGACUGUAUAUUUCAACUGUAACUACUUUCCUUAAUAUACGCGCAAGUUACUAGAGUGCCUCCUCGGGAUUUCGCCUUCUGGGCGAAAUCCCUGCGGGGGCAAUAAAGUACGGAAAUUGAGCCAUCAGUCUGUUUUGAAGCCGGUUUCCUUCACUGCGCAUGGGCACAUGUCCGCGUUACCAUCAUUCUCAGAGCCCAUCGCUUCUUUUGGUCGAUUAAAACCGAGAGUCUCUGGGGACGAGAAUGUUGAUUUAGCACCAAUUUUGUUAUUUUCCCGCGUGUAGUCGAAACAUCAUGGCUCUCUGGCGGAAAACAUUUGUCACCGAGCCGAUACCGGGGGCUGUAAUAAGAUGUUUUAUCUCGAGACAGCUCGUAUCCGCCUGAAAAUAAUGUCAAAUGUCUUUUUUUUAACACCCCCCCCCCCCCUCCUUCCCAUAACGGCCUUCUUGAGCCUUGCUUCUCUGCAUGUUGCUCAGACCACUACCCACCGUCCUGAAUCCAAACAUUUUUCAUUACUGUUAUUUCCUUUUUAGCCGGUAAUCUCAUAGUAGGAAGCGGUGAAGUCCUGGAGAUCAACACGACUGCACCAUCCAUCGUUAAUAACAACUGCCCCAGUUGCAAUUACAACGCAUCACAUGAAAAAAGAUCUUCCUCAAGCUCGAAUGGUGAACAUCUGGCAGCCGUGAUUAGGUUCAGUGGUAACAUUGAGUUCAGAAACGGUUCAACAGUCCAAGUAUCUGGAAAGUAUGGUCUGAGUAUAACAAGUCAGAAUGGACACAUCUUAAUAGAAACUGAUAUUGACAUGACGUGUAGAGAUAUGGUGCUGGAUGAAACAUGUCUCGGUGGGUUCACACAGUCAUCAGUAAGGCCGUUGGAAGAUGUCAAUAACCCUCCUAGACUCUUAUAUAAAGGUAAGAAAAUCUGCUUUUAUUGCCUUUCUCACAUUUGCGUUUGGUUUUUCCCCUUGCUUUCACACUUACUUCCUGGAAGGUGGGCACAUUAGGUAAAAUAAGACAGUGUGAUAACGAACAGUAAAUCGCUGAGUAUCUUUAACGUUUCCUUCGGAAGUAAAUUCAUACUCAACCACGAGGUAAAAUUGGUUUCCUUGGAAAGUCAGUGCAAUAUAAUUUGAUAGUUCAGAGGGAUUUAACGUUUUGAAAUGACAAAAACAUUGGCUUGAACUCCUGCCACAUCUGAGGUCUAAGGUCAUACCAGACGUGACCGAUUUAUUGCUACGAUUUGUUUAACUUAACAGGGACAGGAGGAAUAUAACUCCAUGGUAGAGCAGCUGCUACUGAGCAGGAUGUUUGUAUCUAGUCAUGAAUCACUGCUUUGCUCAGGGAACAGGUCCUUUAUGGCCGCUGGUCUUCACUCAAGAUUCCGUGGCCAUUUGAGCCAUAGGAAGCUCCCAGCUUCUUUGUCACUUUAACACCUUUUUGUAACGUUUUAUUAUCUUUUGUGAGUGGCUAAAAAACAAAUAGAGGAAAUUCUAAAUAUACUGAUCUUCGAACCUUAUACAGCCUAAUUAAAGCUCAUUUUUUGCAAAGGCCAUGUUCUUACAACAGGUAGAAAAUAUUGCUUUAUGAUCACAAACGUAGCGAGGAUAUUUCAAUUACUGAAUUUUUUUUAAUAUCUUGUCACAUUCUCUUAAUUUUAAGAAAUAGAGAUAAGUUGCGUCCUUAGUAUUACUCUCCCGAAUAGAACGCUAGUCCAUCACAGGGAAGCGGCAGUAUUAUUUCGUGUGAUACUUCUUUUUACCACUAGGUGGAGACAGACGAAGUGAAGUACUGGUCAAUAAAACCAUGCGCUGCUUUAAUUCCUUCCUCCAUUACUAAAGACCGAUAAAAUACCACUUUUCUUGUACUCUAAUGACUGAAUAAGACUUCUUGAUGAUGGUUACGUUUUGUAAACGGGAUUUUUAAUGAUUUUUAUUUUCUUUACAGGUCUUGGUCCUGGUGGCCUCAGAAAAGCCGUAAGGUUUUAUUUGGACCUUGUUUGCAUACCUGGUUCUAGUCAUGGCGGAAUAGGACUGCCUCGUCCGGGUUAUGCCCUUUAUUCAGAUCAAACAUAUGAUCAACAGGACACAGUGUCACUAUUAGGAGGAAGCGGAGGUGAGAUAAACUAUUUUAAAAUCACUUUGUGGCUCUGAUGUAAGUACUAAUGAGGGCUGGAAUGGAAACUGGUCAAUAAGAAAAAAGAUAACAAGAAAAACUUUGGGCACACUACAAUUACUGUACCUUACGGCAUACUCCCUCCGACAAAUCAGGCCUAUAUUAGAAGAAUUGACUGUAUUUUAACUACUUUUUACUAAAAUUCUGGAAACUGCUGAUUGUAAGUAAAGUAGUCAUGACUGUGAAAGUUUUCAACCCAGGAGUCAUUUCAUUCGAAUAUGACCGUCCAGGUGAACGUAGUCCUGAAUGACUGACAACCUUUGCUGUAGUCAUCUUCAGAGUCAAAGUGAGUUGUAUCACGUCAGUUGAUAGUAUAAAACUCUGGUUUUGACCUGAUUCGUGAAUUAAGUCGCGAUGUUAUUGGCCAUGAAGACUCGUAAUGUCAUUGGUGCGUUUCGAUCCGUCUAUUGUCACAGUUAAACUGUCGAUUAUUGUUAGUCAAAUUGUCAGUUGUCUAGUCAUUCUCUCGUAAUUAGUUUUGCUUGAGUGCUUCGAUAAGUCGUUUGUGCGGUGCCGGUAUCUGACUUCUCUUACAAGCAGCUGCUACAUGACUCAGUACAUCCCAUGAUCAAUGUUCUCGUACACAUUCGCAUUCUCACAAUGUUCGCAAGGAUUUUCAGAGUGACACGUGGUGGUCUACUCUACGCUAUUACUUUCUGUUUCCUCACUGUCGUUUUCAGUGACGUUGUCGAUCACGUGGAUGUCUUCAGCUUCUCUGCCAUUCGCAAAAGCUAUCUCUUCCCUCUCUUCCUUUCUAUCUGUUGAACUUUCCACAUUACCCUCGUUCUCGGAAGUAUUUUCUCCAUUUUGGUAGCCUUAUUAGAGACCUUUAGAUUCUAGGACGAGAACGACUACGAGUACGAGAUUUCACUUAAAGUGUUUUCGCGUAUUCUCAAAUAAUAAGGAGCUUUAGCAUAGACGACGGCAACGGCAGCGAAAACGUCACUUUCAAAAUGAAUUCGGGUUUUUUCAAUCUUUGUCGGGUUUAUUCUAGUUUGCUAAAAAUGGAAAAUGUACGCGAAUUUCACUGGAGUUGAUUUCUUAAGGACUGCACUCAAGUUUAGAGAGAGAAAAAGAGAUUCGUCGUCGCUUGUUUACGUCCUCCAUAAAACUUGCAAUUAGGCAUUUUCAAGUCUUAGUCGUGCAAGGAAGGUAAAGAAAUGUACAAAAAAGCGUGAUGCACGCGCAAAGUUGUUGUUUUGCGUAAUAAGCCUUUGUUUUUUUGACGUCCUCGUUGCCGUCGCCGUCGUCGUUGCUAAAACUCCCUACUGACUAAUAGACACCCCGAAUAGCCUAUUGUACAUCUUUUCACCCAAAAAAAUUAGCACUGUUUUCUUUAUUGAAAGAGAUUAAGAUAUCUCCCGGCCGCAAAAUAACCAGCCUAUAACACUUUAUAACUUGUGUCCGCUAACACGACAUUCUCGCUAAAACUCGUAGUAGAAUGACAAAGACUAUCAUUUUUUUCCCGCCAAAAUGACGCUGGUUCACGCGGGCGCACUAACUCAGUAGUAUUGAGGAAAUCUCGUACUCGUAGUCGUACUGGUCUUAGAAUCUAAAGCUCUCUAUUCUUUUUCUAUCAAAUCAAUUCUUUGUCAUUGAUUAAGCCCUUAUCGACUACAAACUCCGCAAGUCCAUCUAUGAACACAUUCAACGCAGGAGGUUUGAUCACAUAAUCGUUAUGAGGAACUAGCGUUGAACACACUGAACGAGCUCGAUAAUGUUUGUCACGGGAAUUAAGGGUUUAUUUCGAAGUAACUGUCCGCGGGGAGGCCAGAAUAGAAUACCUAUAGAAGCUGCCAUGAUAUAUAGAAAAUCAAAAGUAUGCUCUUUACACACCACUUAAAAAAAAUUUUACCAUUUAAUGGCAAAGGUUUCAGGUAGGCGAUAAAAAGAAAGACAUUACCAUAAGGACGGUCUGUGAAAGAGUCAAAGACCCCAUAGAAGACAGACCACCUAAAAAAUAGUCAUAUCAUAAAAACUAGUUUAAAAGACAGACAAUUAAAAAUGUAAAAAUGCAUACGGAGAUAUGUACAAAAAAAAACAAUCAAUAAAAUAAUAAUAAUAAUGAUAAUUAAAAAAACUUAACACAUUUUCAUCUAAAAGCUCCCUCACUCCUUUUUUAAAACUAGCAAUAGUUGUUGUUUGACGAAUAGGCAAUGGUGGAUUGUUCCAUAUGUCCACGAUCCUACUGGAAAAAAACUAAAUGUAUUAGUUCUAGCAUGAUUCUUUUUAAGAGUAUAUUCAACUUUUCCCCUUUAAGGACACCGAUCAGAAUCUGAGAAAAACUGUACAUAUGUAAAUAGAUCAAUGUUUAUAUAACCAUUCAGGGCUGGAAUAAAAAGUCAAAUAAAAAUCGCUAUAUUUGUUCUAAGGACAACAAAUUGACCUUUUUGCUCCGUUGUUCGUAUCAUCAUUGGUCUUCGAAAUAAACUUAGUUGCCCUUCGCUGAAUUCCCUCCAAAUUAGAAAUCUUUCUAGAUGUGUGUGGUGACCACAGAACACUAAAAUACUCUAGCUGUGAUCUGACCUGGGCAAGAUACAGAGUUCUCAAUAUGGAAACAUCUUGAAAUCCUUUACAGGUCCUUUUAAUCAGACCUAGAAUCUUGUUGGCCUUAUUCGAUAUUUUAUCAAUAUGAGUGCUCCAAAACAGAUUGCAAUCGGUAACCACGCCCAGAUCACGGAACUCAGAUGUUACCUCCAGGAUCUUAUUAUUUAAGUGUAAGUCAGACUGAAUAGGUGUUUUCCUUUUAGUGAUAUGCAUUAGUUUAAAUUUCUCCACGUUAAACUUCAUGAGGUUUUGUUGACUCCAUGCACAUAAAUUGUCGAGAUUUGACUGAAAUGCGGAAUGAUCAGCUAGACAGUUUAUAAUCCUAGAUGUUUUACAGUCGUCAGCAUAUAAUGACACACAGUUUCCAGGCAUUACUACUUCAAGCAAAUCACUAAUGAAAAGUACAAAGAAGAAAGGGCCCAAUAAGGAGCCCUGAGGUACACCCGAUGGGAGAGCUCACCAUGUAGAAAUCAUUCCUUCUAUGACAACUCUCUGUUCUCUGUCGGUGAGAUAAUCCUUACACCAAUUCAAAAGCGCACUUGAGAUAACAAAAUUGCCCAAUUUUUUGCAGCAGGAUAUUAUGUGCCACUCCGCUAAAUGCCUUUGCAAAGCGCAGGAAAACAACGCCCAUCUGUUUGCCCUCAUUCAAGGUGGUCAUUGAUGGUCAGGGAUCCUAACUGAGUAGCACAUGAACGUCCCCUCACAAACCCGUGCUGCCAAUCUGUCAGAUAAGGAGCCACAUGCGGGUAUACAGCAUUAUACACAAUCCUCUCUUGACAAUUAUUACUCGGAAUGGAUAGUAAUGAAAUAGACCGAUAAUUUUCGACUACAUCUUUAGCAUCAGCUUAAAAACAGGAGUAACAUUAGCUCGCUUGGGACAGACUACUCAAAAGAUCUUUCAUCGUUGGCUCUUUAUUACCGCUUUCAUCAUCAAAACUUCCGCUCUUUCAUUUUUAACUGUUGUGCUCUUUGUCAACCAAAUCUAUCUUUUUCUUCAUCUCGAGAAGUGCCGGUGGAAGGGAGGCUUCGAAUACGUAACUAAUAGCUUCGUUUCCUCUUUUAUAGCAUCAAAAAACCUAAGCUUGUAACAACAGGGACCACCGACUUGUACUAGAAUUCGCUCCUUUGUAAAGUGGAAAACAAUUUUUUUCCUAGGUCUACUUAGGAGCCCCUUGUCUACUAGAGCAUCUUUAUAUGACAUAUGACAACAAUUUCCUUUUCUUCGGGGAUUGGAAUGUAUUUGUUAAGUACAUUGGAUUAAUGCAUGCAUGAGUUAUGGAGUGUCUGUUCGUAAGAGAAACUCUCGCUGAUGAACUGGAUAAACAGCUUACAGUUGAAGAAAAUCAGGGUUGUUCUUCACGACACGAAACAGUGCUACCACACGAGAAGUACAAGACAGAGUAGUCAGCUGAACAUACCGAGAUGCCAUCGACCUGCCGGUCAGCGGUCAUUCUCCUACCGAGGGGUAAAGCUUUAGAGUGGCAUCAGUGAUAAUGUUAAAUCUACCGACUCAGUUAACAUGUUUAAGAAGCGACUUGUCAAACUACCCGUUUCCAAUCAAGAACCGGAUUCGAAAUAGCAAGUUUUAUUUCAUUCAUUAUUUUUAUUUUGUAAUUAUUCUUUUUAUAAAUUACUGCGAACGGAGCCCAUACCUACGAAAAUUAGGUAAUCUAUCUAUCGGAGAAAUUUUGUUAAUCAAGUUAUCGACCAACCAUACGCCCAUCCACCCGUCCGUCCGUACCACAGGGAGACCAAAAUGUCAAAUGUCUAAUUUUCUAGCUAGUGUGGGAGCCCGUAACCUGUUUUUAACCUGAUAAUAGACAUCCAUAUUAUGCUCAAUUGACAGGUGUCAAAACAGUAUUUGCUUACCAGUGUCACAUGACCGUAUCGCCAGCUCAGAUGCCAAAUCAUGGAGGUCGCGUGUUUUUUAGAGUUUUCCGCUGACCAGUCGUUAGCUAUUAAAUGAUCGCGGGCUCAAGUUUAUGUCUUAAGUCAUAUGGGUUUUCCGUAAAGUCAAGUAUAGUUUUGUGGUCUUUUCAAUAGUUUAAAGUCCAUUGUCUGCAGUAAAUUUAAAAUGCAUAAACGGGAACUUCACUUUUAGCUUUGGCUAAAUAUAUAUAUUCGAAAUGUGGUGGUGGUGAAGGAAAACAAUAGAAAUGUGGUGCUGGGAGUUGUGGAGGGAAAACAGUAGAAAUGUGGUGGUGGAGAGAGAAGUCUAAGCAAAAAAAUCUUUUGGUGGUAGAAAGAGCCAGUUUGCCUUCAUCCUCCUUUCCAUGUACAAUUUUCGCGCCAAGAAUUAGUGAACCGGGACCAUGACUAUAGGCUGUCUACAAUGGACUAUGACAGUGGCGGGAAAUUUAUCGUUUAUGGUUACUUUACGGCUGAGUGAUUUUUAUUCACAAGCUUCUUCCUUCGACAACAUGAAUCAACCAAUGAAAAUUUUUCUUAGCUUCAAGUUCACCAAUUAAAAAUCAAGACUGAGUCAUUGCCCUAAAAAUUACUAGAAAACCUUUCAAACCGGUUAAAGAGCAUAAGAACAUGACAAACAGGUUCAACCGGUCAAGGUUAGGUGAGACUAUUGUUUCUGUUGUGUUAGAAUUAAACAAAAGGGAAGAUAAUGAGAUUCCACCGCAUUUAUAAUUUUAUUCAAAUAAAGAUUCCUCUCUAAAAAGUUCAAGUCGAUCCUUACUAUACAACUAAACCAGAAAACAUCCCAUCUACAACAAACGAAUAUAACAAAUAAGCUCGAAAAAUAGUUGAUACAAGUAUGCAAAGACAAACGAAUGUUACAUAUCAAUGGUGAAAAUUAAAUUUUUGUCGUGAUAAAAUGUUUAAAAUUUGUAUUUUUGCUGUUAAUUCGAACUUCUUUUAACCUUAGGUUCAUGUGCUCAUCGCCCAGGAAGUGUUGCUGGUGGAGGAGCCAUUGAAAUUGUAGCAGAUAAAGGAUGCAUAACCAUAAGUACAAACGAUUAGCAAAUUCUUUGUAAACUAUUUAAUAUGUAACUUGUUAACAACGUAGAACCCUCAAAGGCUGAAACGUGCUCAGGAAAAAUAUAAGUCUGAUGACAACUACUACAGGAGCAGAGAUAGUGCUCGGUUUCCCACAAUAACCAUCAUUCCGGAAGACCUUGUAAUUGAGUGUUUUACUCAUUCUCGUGAUUUCUAUGCAACACUGCUAAUCUUUUACUCAGAAGCUGUGUUUUAAUCAUCCUACCACCCUGUAUCUAUCUCAGUCUUAAAACUGUUCCUUGAAGAAAAUUCUUAAAUGACACAAUCGGCAGAAAUUCAACAUUUCAUUAACAGCCUGUUCACGCCACGCCUUCAGGAAAUACAAUUAUUUCCUACUAUCAUUUGUUUUAUUAUUUAUUGAUAAGGAAUAUGUUUCUUCGAUGACACAUUUUUUUUUUCUAUACUUUUUAGAUGCAAUCAUCAGAGCUUCAGCUCAGCGUGAAACAGUGGAAUCAUGUUCUGGUGGAUCUGGUGGACUUAUUCGUCUUAACGCUUCUCAUGUAAUCCAUGACUUUAAUAUGUAGUUUACAGUGACUCAUUAUUUUUGUGGCUUGUUAUUUUUUGACAGCAGGAUUCCUAAAGGCAAAGUUUGAAUCUGUAUCUAUAACAGUCUGCAAAAUACGCAGUAAUUUUUUUUAAAUAGCAGCGAAGUUUGACUAGGUGUAACUACGGGACUGCCUCUUUCGCAGUAACCUCACUGAACACUUAUGUAAUCCACAACCUCAACUUUUCAAUAGAGGAGUGGUUCUUCUCUGUAUUAAAAAAGUGUGCAUACGUCGAUGAUGAUGAUUUUAAACUAUAGGAGAAGUUCGACACUUAAUACAUGGCAAAGCAAAGCUGUCUCAAGUAACAAACAAAAGAUGUUAAAAUCAAUUGAGGAGGCCUUUUUAUUACACGCGCAAACGAUCCCUUGAUUCCUCGCUACUUCUUCAAGCCUCUUCUUCCAUUUUCAGACGGAGUAAGGUUGUUCGGAGGCUGAGAUAUCAACAUUUUCAUACGACUUGGUUUUGGUGAGAAGAAUAGCGGUCGAUACGCGAACACAGACUGAUUUGAUUGCAUUUUUUUUUUUUGGAAAAUCAACAAAUAGAUACACCGAGCACUUAACAAAGCAGAGUUUCUAAGGUUGGUGAAGUCAUACUGCAAAACUGCAUUAAUAGAGUGUAGCCACCAUGAUUUCGUAAGCUCCACAUGCUACAUGAGGUUUAUUUUUCAAAUCCGCAAACUACUACUAAUUUUUAAUUUUAUCUCCACAAAUUUUGCUACCCCCAUUUCUGAAUAAAACUCUCACAGAUCGAUGCCUAUUACAGAUUCUACUUUUAAAAAAUGAUAGGGUCUCUCUUAUCACAAAGUUUAAUCUUAUCUCAGAUAAUGGGCUAGGAAGUAGUUAUGUGUUACCUUGCUCUACUCUUACGAAGGAGAACAAGUGUUAAAAUAGGAACAAUUUAUAACUCAGAAAGGAAAUGAUUCAAACUUCGCCUUUAUGGCUAGAUUAUAAACAGUUAAAUUGGAUGUAUGCAACAUCAUUCCCAGGGUAGAAACAAGGUCAGAGAGUAUGUCUGCGUUUUUGGGGAAAAUCGCCAAAUCCGGAUAUCCGGAUCCUAAAACGGAUGUUGCUUUUUUGAGAUGUGACAAGACACUAAGGGUCGAUCCAACAUUUUGGUUAUGAACUUUUCACUUGUUGCCUGAUUUUUUACCCAAUUUAACCAUGAUUUUCAUUGCUUUAUUUUCUUUAGGUUGAACUAAAGGAGCAAGGAAAACUCAUUGUUGAUGGAGGAAAUGGAAAAAGAGGAUCAGGGGCCGCUUUUAGUUUGGGCGGUGGAGCAGGUGGAAUUAUACAGAUAAUAUCACCUGCUGGUCGCCUGCCACCUAAAGUUUUAUCUCUAAAACGAGGCACAAAAUUUGGGACGUGCGGCGGACAGGCAGAACAUGGAUAUUACUAUUUUGUAGGAGGUAAUUUCAGUUAG